AUGAGUCAAGGAACAAAUCAACGACCUCAAACUUUGCGGCCACAAACUUCAUUUUUUACUCCUGAAGACGCAGUUCACUGGGCAACGAUUCUACGAGCAAGAUACUUAGUGAGGCCUAAAUAUAUAAUAUGAAUUAACUGAAAUUCUGUUUAAGAAUGACUGCAUCUCCAAGAAAACCCUAAACAAAACUGUUCGGAAACCAAUUACCUAUGUCAAACAGGAAAUCAAAACCGAGAGUGAUGAUUCGGAAUACGAAAACUGCCGGAGAAACGAACGUUCAAGUCACACCAAUUCACAAGGAACAUCUAUAAGACAGGCUAGUUGAUUUGAUAUUGGGAAAAAUAAUAUAUUUUUGUGUUUCAGCAAACAAUCAACCUCAUUUCUUUCUCUGAAGCACUCAAAAGGCCACAGAAACCGAAUUUGUUCGGCCCAUCCAUUGUUUCUAUUAAUUCACAGUUCUAA